AUGUCACGGUCCCGUGGGAUCGACGAAGAUACCGAUAUGGCUAUUUCGUAUACCACCCAGCCAUCCACCGGACACCCUCACCAAACUCUCCCCUCAAUCCGCGAGCUUCUCCCCGCUUACCUCCCCGAUGGAAUUGAAUCAACCUCCCCAUACUACACCUCUCCCCGCCAACCAGAUCGGCCAGGCUCAGGCCACAAAAUGGCCGAUCCCCGGUCUAUCCCAUACGGCCCCCAACAUACCAAAAUGUCAUACGACAUUCACCGCGAAUACACAACCUCCCGAGCCGAGCAUUCCCGCAUGGCCGACCCAGGUCACCACAUGCGGCUAUCCGAGACCGCAGCUCGUGGCCCAAGUCCCAUCCUCCCCCCAAUCCGCGACCUGGACUCUAUCCCCGGGCGAGUGAUGAAUCCCCAGUCCAGAGACGGGUAUUUAGAUCGGGCAUCCGACCAUCUCACGGCGGACUAUCGCCCACCCGGACCCAUGGCAGCACAGAUGGACCCCCGCGCGGAGCAGCACUUCGCCGCGCCGAUGAUGCACCCACAGUCACCAUAUGGACAUCCCGUGUACGAGGAGCAGAUGUCGCCGCCGAUGAUGGCGCAUGGGCAGGCGAAUUUCGGGAUUAUGGGUGAUCCCAUCGAUCCCAAGACGAAGCGGCGACGGGGGAAUCUCCCGAAGCCGGUGACGGAUAUCCUGCGGGCUUGGUUUCAUGAGCAUCUGGAUCAUCCUUAUCCCAGCGAGGAGGAUAAGCAGAUGUUUAUGACGAGGACUGGGCUUUCAAUUAGUCAGAUCAGCAAUUGGUUUAUCAAUGCACGCAGACGACAACUUCCAGCUCUGCGGAAUCAAAUGCGCAGCGGUGUGGAUUCUGAGUCUCAACGACACUCUCCGUUCAGUGACGUUGAUGGCUCGGAGCACCUGCCUUCGCCUCACCAUUAG